CAAAUCCCCUUCCCCUUCUCUUCCGCAGGGGAUCCCUCCUCUCUCUCCUCUCUCAUCUUGCCUUUCAAUCCUUUGCCAUUUUCCAAGACACGCCAAGGGGAGGGAGGGAGGGAGAGAGGGGGGCCUUCCUCUUCUUUAUCUAGCUACAGCCGAGGAAAAGAGUGGCAACCUUCGGCACCCAAGGAAACCAGUUCUUGCUUUACGAAGUAGGCAAGUACUACUAGUACUACUCGAGUAGGAGGAGGUUGCUGUUUGCUGCGAUCUUGAUUGAUUGAUUGAGAUGGGCAUCCUCUGCUUCGGCGCUUCCUCCGCCCUGCUCUGCGGGGAGGACAGGAACAGCAUCCUCGGCCUGGGCGCCUGCGACGGCGGCGGCGACGAGCUUGUGGAGGUGGGGAGUGGCCUCGAUUUCUUUGACGCCGCCGGCGCCGUGUUCCCCGUGGACACCGAUGAGGCCGUGCGGGCGCUGAUGGAAAAGGAGACGGACCACAUGCCUCCGGAGGGCUAUGCGGAGAGGCUGGAGCACGCCGGAUUGGAGUCAUCUUGGAGGAGAGACGCCAUGGAUUGGAUUUGCAAGGUCCAUUCCUACUACAACUUUGGACCACUCAGUCUUUACCUCGCUGUGAAUUACCUGGAUAGAUUCCUCUCCUCUUAUAAUCUCCCACAUGACCAGCCUUGGAUGAAACAGUUGCUGUCAGUUGCUUGCCUAUCUAUUGCUGUCAAGAUGGAGGAGACCGUGGUCCCUCUUCCUGUGGACCUUCAGGUCUGUGAUGUGAAGUUUGAGUUUGAAGCAAGGACUAUUGGGAGGAUGGAGAUCCUUGUCCUGAGUACCCUAAAAUGGAGAAUGCAAGCUGUGACCCCGUUCACUUUCAUCAGCUACUUCCUGGAUAAGUUUAGUGAAGGGAAGCCACCGAGUUUUGCACUGGCCUCACAGUGCGCCGAGAUCAUAGUUGGCACUCUGAAAGGCUCUACAUUCUUGUCAUUUAGACCAUCUGAGAUUGCUGCAGCGGCGGCGCUAGCAGUGGUUUCUUCAAAUCAGGUUGUUGGCUUUGGGAGUGUUCUUUCAGCAUCUGGAAUCCCUGUAAAUAAGGAGAUGAUUGCUAGAUGCUAUGAGUUAAUGCAAGAGCGGGCACUGGUGAAGAAGAGAGUGCACAUUGAUGGAAGCCCUUCAGUGCCACAGAGCCCGAUUGGUGUGUUGGAUGCAGCAUGCUUCAGCUUUAGGAGCGAAGAUUCAACACUAGGAUCAUCACAGUCAAACAUCAGUAGUAACAACAACAAUCAGGCCUCUACUCAAGCUUCCAAGAGGAGAAGGCUUAGCAUUUCACCAAUCUGAUCAGAGCAUAUACCGUACAUAUAUCCAUCCGUUGGUAGCGUCGCAUUGUGCGCUUAUUUAUGCUGUGAUCAUCUUAACUCAGAGCUCAUCAGGGUAACAAGUAGUGGUACAGAACGAUCCAGUGAAGCAUUGUAACAAGCAGAGGAUGAUGACGGCAAUAAGUUAGUACCGACUUCUUGAUCUCUGAGAAGAAAGAGGUGGGGAGGAAGCUUCUUCCUCUAGCAAUUUUGUAAUUCCCUACCUCACCUUUCUCUUUGUUUUAUUCAAUUUUUUUCACCAUCCGAAGGCAUUUGCGGGGAGAUCUUUUGUGGAUAUGAGAUUGGAGAUGUGAGGAUGAGAGAGAGAGAGAGAGAGAAACAAAAAAAAAUAUUUUCAUUUUUUAUCCUAUGUUCGUUGCUAAUAUAUAUUUAAAGUAACUUGUGAGAA